CCUAAAUAGCUACGCACUGUUUUUCUAGUCACCACUUGGUGCCCAGCCAGAAGAAUUUACAAAUUGUCAAUUUUGACAUUUUGCUGCCAGUAUGUUUUGUUUUGACUUUUUUACAAACAACAUAAAAAGAUUAUAAAAAUGAUGCCUAAGCAAUAUGGACUUAUUAUUCCUGGGAAGCAAAAACCAAUAGAAACUCCCAAAAGCGACCUUACCAAACCAUCGAUUUUUGAAGAAAGCAGCGAAUCAGAUAGUGAUCAUGCACCUCCGCAACUAAAAAUGAAACCUACUCCCUAUGGCCCUAGUUCUACUGACAGAAGACUUGCGAAAAAAUUGCAAGAAAAAGCACUGAAAGAAGAUCCAACGGUGUUUCAAUAUGAUGAGCUAUACGACGAAAUUGAAAAUAAGCGCGACGAAGCGAAGAAAGCCAAAAGUAAUGAAAUAAAGAAACCUAAAUACAUCGGGCGGUUGCUUCAAUGUGCGGAAAAAAGAAAAUUGGAAAAUGAAAGACGAAUCGAGCGAAUGGUUCAAAAAGAACGAGAGCAAGAAGGUGAAGAGUUCAAGGACAAGGAAUCUUUUGUGACGUCUACGUACAGAAAAAAAUUGGAGGAAAUGCAGAAAGCUGAAGACCAAGAAAAACGCGAAGACUAUCUAGAAGCUAUUGGAGAUGUAACGAAACAGAAGGAUUUGGACGGCUUCUACCGUCAUUUGUAUGAGCAGAAACUAGGAAAAAAAGAUGCAAAUAAUGAAGAUGUAAAGGAAUUGGAAAAAGUCACUUACAAGCCCAUCAAAUCUGGAAAGCCACGAGCGUACCGAAAGCGACGAUCUUCUGUGGAGGAAGAGGAAAAUAACGAAAAUACAAGUCAACCUAAAAAACGGUCACAUAUCCAAUCAAAUCUGGAUGCCGACUCAGAUUUUAGUAUUGAUUCUUCUUCAGAUGAAGAUGAGGCGUCUAAAAAAAAGCAAAAUAAUGUAGUUGCGGAUGUUUCCAUCAAAAAAGAACCCAUAGAAGAAGUAGAUGUAAAAGUACCUACGGCUGAUGUACCUUCUUCUGCUUCUGAUAAAGAAGAAGAAAUAAAAAAGAAUAUUAAAACUGAGAAAGAUAAUACUGAAACCGAGCCGAAACCAUUUGUAGAUAAGACUUUGAUAUGGAAAAAGCGUACCAUUGGAGAGGUAUUCGAUGCUGCUUUACAAAGAUAUUUCCAGCGUAAAGCUGCAAGAAAUGGAUAAUGGAUUCGUAUGGGCCAAACAAGCUAUAUUAAAUACAUUAAAACAUCAAAAUAACUUCACACAUAACACAUUUGUAUUCUUUUUUGGAGAAAACACAUUUUACCAAAAAAGAAAGAAUUUGUUUUUUAUGCGCAAUAAAAUUGUUUUUAUAGGAGAUUGGAAAUAACGUUAGUUAAUAAGUAAAUUGAGCGGACAAAGUACCCCUA